AUGAGUUCAAGAACUAGUUUAUGUUACAAAUGUAAUCAACCAGGUCAUUUUGCUCGGGAAUGUCCAGAUGGUGAUGGUGGCGGAAGUGGUGGACGUGGUGGAUAUAGUCGUGGACGAGGUUCGUACGGUGGUGGUGGUGGUGGUUCAUAUGGAGGACGAGGUGGUUCAUAUGGUGGUUCAGGUCGUGGCGGAGGUUAUGGUGGUGGUUCAUCGUAUGAUAAUAGAUCAGGAGGUAAUCGUUGUUACCGUUGUAAUCAAUCGGGUCAUUUUGCUCGUGACUGUCCAUCGGAUAGUACACAAAGUGUAUGCUAUAAUUGCAAUCAACCAGGUCAUAUAAGUCGUGAUUGUGGUGAACCACGUGGAAAUAGUUAUGGAGGUGGUGGUAGCGGUGGUUUCCGUAGUAACCGAGGCGGCGGCGGCGGCGGCGGUGGUGGUGGUGGAGGUAAUUGUUAUCGAUGCUCGAAACCAGGUCAUUUUGCACGUGAUUGUCCUGAACCUGAUACACGUGAUGGUCAAAGUGGCAGUGGUAGUGGUGGUAAUCCAUCAAAUCAACAAGAUGAACAUAGUGAUGAACAUUAG